AUGCGUUACACAACCCGCUUCAAGCUACCGCAGCUCCGAAGAAGCUCUUCAUCCCUCCCUCACCACCGCAAUUUCUCAGCAAACCCGCUUAGGAAUUUGCCCCAGACUCAAUCCUCUGAACCCAUAUUACUUCAAAGUCAAGAAAUUUAUAAGCUAGUAUUGGAGAAAUGCUUACGAGAGUGCAGGAAAAUCCAAUCCCGCCGACUGUUCGACGAAAUGCCUCAGAAACUGAUUUUUUCUUUGAAAGCGGGGAAAACAAUCCAUUCUUACAGCUUGAAGCUUGGGUUCGCAUCAAAAGGUUCACUUGGAGGUGCCAUUGUGGAUUUGUACUCCAAAUGUGGAGAUAUGGAGUUUGCAGAAAAGGCUUUCUUUCUGCUGGAGAAGAAGGAUAAUUUGGCUUGGAAUUCGAUAGUAUCAUUGUAUUCGAGAAAGGGGUUGCUGAAAAAUGUAAUGGAACGAUUUUCCGCGAUGCGGAAGUCGGGGGAAGCACCACCCAAUCAGUUUACUUAUGCUAUCGUCUUGUCUGUUUGUGCUAGGUUGAUGCAUGUUGACUUGGGGAAGCAAGUGCAUUGUAGCAUUGUAAAAACUGGGUAUGAGUUUGAUUCAUUUUGUGGGGGUGCUCUAGUUGAUAUGUUUUCAAAAACUGGGAAUCUGGAUGAUGCUAGAAGGAUAUUUGAUGACUUGAUUGAACCUGAUACUGUCUCUUGGACAGCGAUGAUAUCAGGGUAUGUGCAUGCUGGUUUUCCUGAGGAGGCGCUAGAAUUGUUUGAGGAGAUGCGGAGCUCAGGCCAGGUGCCAGACCAGGUUGCAUUUGGGACUGUCAUAAAUGCUUGUGUUAGGCUUGGAAGGCUUGAUGAUGCUUGGCAUUUGUUUUCAGACAUGCCUAAUAAAAAUGUAGUCACGUGGAAUGUGAUGAUUUCUGGACAUUGUAAGGUUGGUUAUGAGAUGGACGCUGUGAAAUUCUUUCUGGAUAUGAUAAAAGCUGGCAUUAAACCGACACGAUCCACACUGGGAAGUGUAUUAAGUGCUAUUGCAGGUGUGGCAAGCCUUGAGCUUGGUGUCCAGGUUCAUGCUAAGGCAAUAAAGCAGGGGUUGGAUGCGAAUGUUUAUGUGGGUAGUUCCUUGAUUAACAUGUAUGCAAAGUGUAAGCGAAUGGAAGCUGCAAAGCAAGUAUUUAAUGGAGUAAGUGAGAAAAAUGAUGUGAUAUGGAAUGCAUUGCUUGGAGGGUAUGCACAAAAUGGACACGCUUGUGAAGUUGUUGAGUUAUUUACGAGUAUGACAAUUGCUGGUUUCCAACAUGAUGAAUUUACAUACACUAGUAUCCUAAGCGCUUGUUCUUCUUUAGAAAAUGUGGAGAUGGGAUGCCAAUUACAUUCAGCUCUAAUCAAGAGAAAAUAUGCUUUGAAUUUAUUUGUGGGAAAUGCACUGGUGGACAUGUAUGCAAAAUGUGGGGCUUUAAAGGAUGCAAGGAAACAAUUUGAGCUCAUGACAACACGAGAUAAUGUUUCAUGGAAUGCAAUUAUUGUGGGAUGUGUCCAGGAAGCGGAAGAAGGAGAGGCUUUUGACAUGUUUCAUGCAAUGAUAUUGGGAGGGAUUGCACCUGAUGAAGUGUCUUUAGCUAGCAUACUUAGUGCUUGUGCUAGUGUACAAGCUCUUGAUAAAGGAGAACAAGUGCACUGUUUGUUGAUCAAAUAUGGUCUGGAAACAAGCCUUUAUACUGGAAGCUCACUUAUUGACAUGUACUCGAAGUGUGGGGUUAUUGGGGCAGCAACAGAAGUAUUCUCUUGCAUGCCUGAAAGGAGUGUGGUCUCCACGAAUGCUUUAAUUGCUGGUUACGCCCUAAGUAACAUAGACUGUGCAGGAAGUAUAUUCAAAUAUAUGCUGGCUGAAGGUCUAAAACCAUCCGAAGUUACCUUUGCCAGCCUUCUGGAUGCAUGCAGUGAUCCCAGUAAAAUGUGUCUUGGUAAACAAAUCCACUGUUUUAUUCUAAAGUUGGGCAUCUCAAUAAAUGAUGAAUUCUUGGCUAUUUCUCUGUUACAAAUGUAUUUGAAUUCUCAAAUAGAAACAGAAGCUAUUGUUCUUUUCAGUGAGUUACCAGUUCCAAAGAGCACAGUUUUGUGGACUGCCUUAAUAUCAGGACUUGCUCAGAAUAGCUAUAGUGAUGAGGCCUUAAAGUUUUAUCAGGAAAUGCGGUUAUGCAAUGCUAUGCCUGACCAAGCUACAUUUGCCAGCGUUCUUAAAGCCUGUUCUAUAUUAGCAUCUUUGCAGAAUGGUAGAAAGAUCCAUUCUCUAGUUGUUCAAACUGGACUUAAUGAGGACGAAUUGACAGGAAGUGCUCUUCUUGACAUGUAUGCCAAAUGUGGGGAUGUUAGGAGUUCAGAGUGCAUAUUUGAUGAGAUGGUUACCAGGAAUGACGUCAUCACAUGGAACUCAAUGAUAGUUGGAUUUGCAAAAAAUGGUUAUGCUAAAAAUGCCUUUAAAAUCUUUGAACAGAUGAAGCAGACAAAUGUAAAGCCUGAUGAAGUUACAUUCCUUGGUAUCCUUACAGCAUGUAGUCAUGCUGGUAUGGUAUCUGAAGGCCAACGAAUAUUUCAUGAUAUGGUUGCCGUAUAUGGGGUUCAACCAAGGUUGGACCACUAUGCUUGCAUGAUUGACAUUUUUGGACGUUGGGGCUUCCUCAUGGAAGCUGAGGAUUUCAUUGAGAAACUAAGUUUUGAACCUGACUCAAUGAUUUGGGCACCGUUUCUUUCAGCCUGCAGAUUACAUGGGGAUGAGACAAGAGGAAAGCAUGCAGCAGAGAAACUCAUUGAGCUGGAGCCCCAAAAUUCUUCUCCUUAUGUUCUGCUAUCGAAUAUUUAUGCUGCAUUAAGUAACUGGGAUGAGGUUAACUCUUUGAGGAGGGACAUGAACGAAAAAGGUGUGAGAAAAUCCCCUGGAUGCAGUUGGAUAACUGUAGGUGAGGAGACAAAUUACUUCAUUGCAGGUGAUAAACUUCAUCGUAGUGCUGGUAAAAUCUAUGCAAUUUUGACAGAUUUGAUGGAAGUAAUGGGAGAUGAGAGUUGUUUUUCUGAAAUUCAGUUUUUUAUGGUUGAAGGGUGAGAAUCAAUACAUGGUAGCUAUAACAGAAGCAACAUGCAAUGUAGAUCAUAGACACUGGAUUAUAGACGGAGCAAUUCUUCUCUUCUUGUCAUUUUCUUUUACUCAGAUUACGCGUUUUAGUCCUGUAUUUUCUUCCUCUAUUUGCCUUUCAA